AUGCUGCAGCAGCAACAACGACAACCGCACGAACAACUGCGUGCUAAGCACACUCCAGGGAGACGGCGACCAAAGCGCCCGGGGAACUCUCCCGCCCUCAAAAACUAUGCUUCGGAAAACGAUGUGCCUAGCGAUGCGUGCGCACCGGUUGACCUCGGCAUUCCGCUGACGCCACAGAAAUCUGUGUCAAACAGCCCUGCACCCGUCUCGUCGUCGCAAGCGCAACCCAAUCAAUCCGGCAAGCCCAAAGGUCGCACUGCGAACAACAAGCCGCGCCCAAAGUCAGGCCCUUCGACAUCGCCUGUUCCAGCCAGGCAUGGUCGCAACUCUCCUCCCGAAUCGGCUCCCGCAAAGGCCGCGGGCCUCCCUGCUGCGUAUGCUGGUGCAACAUUUCAUGCGUCGCCGGCUCCUGCUUCCCUCCCGAUUCCCAGUUUUCUCGCUGCCAAGGCCUUGGAUUCGCCCGGUAUUAAGGACACCGGCCGCGUCAGUUCAGAGCCUUCGCCUCCUGCCACCGAUACCGAGGCUUCUACCCCUCGGCAGAGGAUCAUGAGCGCUGAAAUCACACGAGAAGAAUCGCCGCUUGAUUUCUUUUUUAAGGCUCACAGAGCUGAAAAGGAGAGCGAGGCCCGCAGGGCGAGCACGGCAAAUAUCUCGAUUCCUCCAUCUAGCAUGUAUUCGCCACCAGCCCAGCCGCAAUCUCCUUUGGCCCCUAGGACAGUCCCGAACGGCAUUGAUGCCCGUCGUCACCAGCGACCAGUAUAUCAGCGGAAUGGAUCAAGCGGAAUUUCAACUUCGGAGUUGGACGGCAACCCAAGAGCCCCCAUUGGACCAGCCUUCUCGACACCUUAUAACGACAGGCUUCGGGCAGCAGGACGCAUCAAUGAAAAGCAGGCCAACUCUCCACAGAGCACCUUUCAUCAGCAGCAACAGUUCGCCCCUCCCCAACAGUCAUCGCCGGCAGAUGCCACAGAGAGGCUCAAACAGUAUCUUGCCAUUGGUUCUCAACCACCGAUCAAGUUGGAUUUCACCAAAGCAUCAUCCCAACCCAAAAAUCAGGCUCCUCCCAAGCCAAUCACUUUGGAGUACACCCGCUCGGGCCCGGCACCCGACAUUCCCAGGCAGUACCCCGUUGCCGGGCAUGCUAGACCUGAGUACAGCCGACCGGCAGACCUUGUGGACGCAGAAGAUCAUCUUCGUCGUGUGUUGAAGAUUGACGGACUGAAUCUAGGAGGAGCGCGCCUUCCAACAAAUUAUCAGAGCUCCUAA